AUCGUGGCCAUCGUUUGGCCUAGCGUGCGCUUAACGAGAAUCCUCGCGUCGUGAAACGUUGUCCACGUUGAAGGAAAUGGAUGGGGAUACGAGAACGCGAGAAUGAUAGUUAAACGAUCGGGAGAAGGGAAGGAUAACAAGAUAGGCGAGCGGUAAAAGAGGAAGAAGAAAAUGGUGUACAGAGGCAGUUUGCAGACCGACGAUCCCAGGGAUGCACCGAGGCUGGUCAGGAUGUCACCGCUCAGAAGCAGCAGGCCGAGCAAUCCCGAUUCACGAGCAGUUUCCUCCGUUAAUAGCCCGGUGUAUCACGGCCCGUUUGUGCCAGCAAUCGACGUUCAUCGGGCCAAAUUGAUCGAUGAAAGACGUUUGCCCCGUUGUGAAAGAGAGAUCGAGUCAAUGGAGAAGGUGAUUAUGAGGACGACCGGGCUCAAGGUCGGGGCGCCAAGGCUGCGGAACAUCAGUCAGAUACGGGACACGGUGUUCGUCGAUCCGGCACUGAUACCUAUGGAGAAGAUCGGCCGGGUGGAAAAGGAUCGGCCGAGAACAAUCGCGAUCGAAGGCGCGACCGGUAGAUCGUCCAGGGCGCCGAGCUCCAUGCUCGCCGAUUUGAAGGAUCUGGAGAGAUUGAGGAACACGCCUCCGGCUCAGAGGAGGGGGAUCGCGGCGGCGAAGAAGAACGAGGCGAGAUCUUCUGUCGCGCCUAAUAAAAAAUCGGAGAUCUCGAGUUCGGCCAAGAUUCGAUCGGACAUCUUCAAGAUACAACAGAUGUUUCAAAGCCCCGAUAACUGUCCGAGGACGGUGGUGAAAUGUUCGAACGAGAAGAAGAUCGAGAAGAGGAACGAGUGUGAGAAGAGAUCCGGGGGGGAAAUUAAUAAAACGAGAUUACUCGCUCAAAAAUUGUUGGAGGCGUCCCGAAGCAAUCGGGAAUCGUUGAAGGAUCGUUACAAUAAUCCGAGGAACGCGUCCAAGGUUGGUAAAAGCGUGAACGGUAAAAGUGCGUCGAGUAAGGCGUGUUCGCAGAAGAGCGGCGUGGAUCCCAAGCGAUCCGAGAAAGGGAAAAGUGUCGUAGGGUCGGAGGAGAUACACCCGCAACCUCCUAUUCGUAAGAGAAAAGAAUCGAAGAACGGACGCAGCUGUGAAACGGAUAAAACUACGGUGGACGAUCCCGGGAAGAAGGAUAAGAACGAUAUCGAGGAGAAUUCGAGGAGCGGCGAGAACACGGGGAAAGAAAUUGAAACGUCGUCGAACGACGACAAUUGUUCGAACAACGGCGAUCCAACGGAUGAGUCAAGAGCGAGAACGAAGGAGCUCAACAGGCCGGAUAUUCUGGACGGAUUGUUGAAGGAGUGCGAUCGGCAAAUGGCAGACUUGAAGUCGGAUUUGCACGAGAGGAGGAGAUCGCGAAGCCAUUGGAGAGGAUUCGUGCAAUCGAUGAGGCUGCACGACGUCGAGCUUCAUUCGGACACCGAGGAUCAACGAAAGGACCUGAAUUUAUGGAACAAGAGCAUCAGUCAACGAUGGAGGAAACUGAGGAGGAGAUGCUCCGUCCAGGAGAGCUCGGAACCACAGGAGGCUCUGAUACAAGGUGGAACGACCCAGGGGGUUAUUCAACCCGUAAGGUCCAGCCCGGCUAGCAGGGAGUCCUCGCCUGCCGCAAAGAGCCUUCAGGACGGCAGUUCGCCCAAGAAAUUGUUGCAAACUAGUUCCCUCAGAUUACCAGGUACCACCAAGGGUAUAGCUGACAUCCAGCACGUUCUACGAAGCAAGUUCAGCAAGAUAAACGCCGGUAUUCGGAAGAGGAAAGCUCUGAGCGUCACGGAGGUGUUCUCGCAAAAGGACAACGCGUCCAAUUUCUACGUUCCAAGCCCCCUGACCUCGUCGAGCAGUCAGAACUUCGACGGAGACGGCUACGAUUCCAGCGAGCCGACCUCUCUUCCACCCUACCCUUUCCACGACAAUCUCGAAACGCUGGCGGAGGGCAGCGCGCCGAAUUCACCCAAUUGCAGCAGCCCGUUGACCAACGCCAGUAAGACGUUCACGUAUUCUCAAAGCGGUAGCGCGUACGACUCGCCGAUUCUUUGCCACGAUCAAAGCCAGAAGGACGCGUACGAGAACGUGUUGUACGCCAAUUCGUCCCCCGGGUGUUGCCCAAGAUCCAGGGCCGUGUUGCAACGAAGCAACUCGGAGAAUCGCGACGGCUCGUGCAGACACCAGGAACACUCGUACGAGAACGUGCGUUUUCAACGAGGUCACAGGUCGGAGUUGACGCCCUCGGCCACACCCCAUUCCGACAGACACUUGGCGAGAAGCAACUCGGAAACGAGGGACCAUCACUCGUACGAGAACGUCCAUUUCCAGAAGAACGCGAAGCCCAGAAGCCAAACCGACGCCUCGUUCGAGGAGAUUCACAUACCGAGGGUGACGCCCAGAAAGAGGAUGACCGAUUUCAAAGUCGGUGGACAAGUGAAUAAUUAUUCCAAUUCUGGGCCUGGAUCACCGUGCGUGAACAAAGAGGACGGCCCGUCCAGUUUGGGGGCGGAAAGGAGCCCCGGCAAGAAGACGACCAGACGAAUGAACAGCAGAAGCGUUGCCAAUAUUCCUAGCUCCUCCGGUUCCAGUUUGAAGACUUGGCAAGGUACACAAGACACGGACGAAGGCCUGAAUACCGACUCCGAACUCGAAGACAUCGACGAAGCUGGCGAGGGUGAAGAGUCGAGAUUCUGCACCCUACCGAGGCCAGGCAAGGGUGGCGCGUCAUUCACGAUACUGACGGCUAGAUUUCUAAAGGGUCCUGGACACAAAGGACUCGGUUUCAGUAUCGUCGGCGGUACGGACAGUCCUCGAGGGAACAUGGGCAUUUACGUGAAAACGGUCUUCCCCAAUGGGCAGGCCGCGGAUCUUGGAACCGUCAAGGAAGGGGACGAAAUUUUGUCGAUAAAUUCGAAACCUCUUCACGGUAUGACGCACGCCGAGGCGAUCGCCGAGUUCAAGUCCGUGAAAGCUGGGGACGUGGUUCUGCACGUCGGACGUCGCGUCAACAGGAAGAAAAGGGAUUCUCUCACGUUACCACCUGCCGGACCACCGCCUCGUCAUCAAGUCAAAUGAAUCGUUGAUCUCCUUCUGUCGCGUUGUUCCGCGCGAAAACCAAGUUUUAAAAGGAUCGUAUUCCGCGCAGAUCUUUUCUCGCACAUCACAACCCUUAUUUUCGUUCGCAAUAACAAACUGAGCUGCGUUUAUCCGGCGCAACAACGAAUCGAUUUCAAUUUUUUUUUUUACCAUUUUCGCACGUGCGUUUCAAUAUGUGUUCGGAAUAACGUUGCUCUUUAACAAUCGGAUACCAAUUUUCGUAUUCUAUUUCGAAUCGUAUUUUAGGCAUCCUUCUCUCUUUAAGGAUGCGUUGUUUCGAAACAAUGUGAAUUUCAGCGGCAAUUCGUCGCGUGCUCGAGCCCAACGCGACGAAAUAAUUUGUUCGCAGUGAAUCGUAAAAGAACGGAGAAUGUAAUCGAGGUUGUCGAGAUAUUUAGAGAGACGAUUGCUUCCCACGAAAGUGUCGGCGAAAGUUUUGAACGUUUGAAUUCUCGAGAGAAAAUUUAUCUCUCCUUCGGCGAAGAUCGUAUCGUUCGAAUCGAAGAGGUGGAGACCUGCUGCCUUCCAAGCAAAAUAGCCAAAGAGUGCUAUGGAAAAUAUCGAAUUGAAAAAAACGAUAUAAUAAUAUAUACCGAUAUAUUAUAUCUAUCGAUAUAAAUUUUUACUCGACUCUCAAUAACGAUCGAAAUAUUUAAUCAAACUGUUCUAGCUUUUGUAAUCUUUUCUCGUAUCCAACUUUUUACGAAGAGGAUGUAUUUUUAUCGAAAUUUCGGCGUCGGAUGAUGUUUAUUUUGAAAAGAAAAAAGAAAAAAAAAGAAAAAAAAAAAGAAAAAGAAAGAAAACAUUCUCGAAUCGUUGAAUCGAAGCUGCGCGAACUGGGGAAGAAUCGAAGUCUUCCGGCUUACUUUAAAUAACUAUCAGACUACGAUUUAUUUUUGUAUAAAUUGCGAGACAUCGUCACGCGAGAAAUCUUGAAAUCCGUUUAAAACAUCGGGCGCGAGUUGAUUUAUCGAGAAAUCGAUAAAUGAGAAAAAAGGAGGACAGAUGUCUAGACGCAUCGGAAUGCUGCAAUUUCUGAAAUUGCCCGAAGGAACGCGCGUUCAAACAGGAUUUCUCCAACUUUUCACGUUGUCACGUUCGAGCAAGGAUCGAAUUAUUUUUUUAACUACCUUUGCAUAGAGAUAACGAUGAUCGCCCAAAGAUGAAGCCCAAAAAAUAUUUUUACUACGAGAUGAACGAGAAACGUAUAAAAAAAA